ACGCCGAACCCCGGGACGCCGCGCGGAGGUUUCGGAGCGCUACCUAGUGCGGGUGUUUGCGACACGGAGUUGCGACCGCGGGUGCGCAGGAGUGGGCUGGGUCGGGGCACGAGUCGGGUUCGGUUUUCCUCCACCCGGCCGAGCUGCAGGGACCGCACGGUGCCCGGGUCUCCCGCCGCAGAGGAGCCGCUGGCCUCGGCCGGGGGAGCCGGCGCUGACCACCGCGUGCUGUCCCCGCAGGCAGCCGUCCAGCCGCCAUGGCCGACCACCUGAUGCUCGCUGAGGGCUACCGCCUGAUGCAGAGGCCGCCGUCCGCCGCGGCCGCCCACGGCCCUCACUCGCUCCGGACUCUACCGCCGUACGCGGGCCCGGGCCUGGACAGCGGACUGAGGCCGCGAGGGCCUCUGUUGGGGCCGCCGCCGCCCCCCCAACCCGGGGCCCUGACCUACGGGGCCUUCGGACAGCCGUCCUCCUUCCAGCCCUUUCCGGCCGUGCUUCCGCCGGCCGCGGGCAACGCGCACCUGCAGCCUGUGGCGACGCUGUGCCCCGGCCGCGCAGCCGCGCCCCCCAGCGCCCCGGGAGGCCCCCCGGGCCCGCAGCCGGUGCCCAGCGCUGCGGCCCCGCCGCCGCCCGCGAACGGCCUGGUAGGCAUGGACGCCGAACUCAUCGACGAGGAGGCGCUGACGUCGCUGGAGCUGGAGCUCGGGCUGCACCGCGUGCGCGAGCUGCCUGAGCUCUCCCUGGGCCAGAGCGAGUUCGACUGCUUCUGGGACUUGGGAUCCGCGCCGCCCGCCGGCUCCGUAAGCUGCUGAGCGCAGCCGGCGCCUGCCCCGCGUCCCCGAGAGGAGAAGGGGCCCGACUGCCCGCCAGACCCCCCACCCAGAGACUGCGCCCCGCGUGCGCUCUCCGCGACGGUGGAGGCGGCGGCUGUGUGCGCGGGGCCCAGCGCCGAGCUGGGACCCUGGCGUCCUUCCAGGUCCUGCCUGCUGCGGGAGGACAGUUUGGCUUCACUUACCUGACCCCAGCCUCGGCCGUAAAGUGAAGGAGACUGGACCAGCUUCAGCUUUCGGACUCCGGUUCUUGGAUCGUGUCCUCUACCCCUCGCCUCCGUUUCCCCUCAAUCUGAGCCAUUGCAGGCCUCUGCCUGCUGUACCCUCUCUUCUGGGGAUCAGGUUCCCAGAGCCACCAUCUCCUGAGCUCCCACCCUGCUGCCUGGGCCCUGCGGUUGCUGGGCCUCCCACCUCAAGGAGGGGGAGUUUGUACAGCCUGAACCUGUGGAGCAGUGCCCUAUCUAGCCUCCAAAACCAAAAUAAAACUGGGUCACUUUACA